AUGAACUACUUUGCAAAGCGACCUGGAGUUGGUUUUCUGGAUGACCCUAAAGCAAGCCGUUCGCGGGAGCGACGUCUACUAGAGAGCGCAACUACUUUAAGCUGUUAUCGGCAGGACUUCGAGGAGAUCACUGAGAAAUUUUCACCUAUUUUGCUUUGCGCAACGAAUUCUGGUAAAGAUACCAGUGCUACGUCCAAAGUGUCAAAGUUUCGAUACGUGUUGACGUUUUUUGGUCUUGGCUAUAAAGUUCAUCCUCUAAAUGAACAACCAAGAGUGCCACGUUUUCCAGCUUUUGAUGUAGAGAAUCUUGAAGAAAGGAAAGCAUUGGGGCAGGAUUUUUAUACCGGUGUAAUCAAACUUAGCAUGCCUACACAUAUCCGAGCAAGUUUUUGUGGCAUCCGAAGUAAUGGGAAUGAUGCCCGAUAA